AUGACCGUCAGCUACCAAAACACAUUGUUUCCUGAUGAUGAGAUACUACGUCUGUUGUUCAAAGCAGCUCGUUCCAGCAAACGGGAUAUCAUCGUUGAUUUCCUGAGCGGCAUUACCGCUGAUUAUACCCAACUCCUGGCUGAUGUUAUUAAAACGCGCCAAAGAGUCUGGACUAACGCGAAAAGGUCCACGUUUGAUGACCGAGGUCUGAUUCUGCCGGAGUCACCAUAUGUUUUUCUUCUGGCCACAUCCAGCUACCUUGUUCCCGUUGCAUCUUUUGCCAUAUUGUCAAUCGGAGCUGCCAUUUGCCCGAUGUCGCCAAGUUUGAAAGAAGCAGAUGCGCUCAAUUCAAUGCGAAAGGCAAAAUCAUCGAUCAUGCUUGUCGAUCCCAUGGACAUGGAGCAUGCGAUGAGCAUUAAAGCAUACGCAUCUUCACAGGGAGAAAAUAUCAGCGUCAUCCCGAUAUCCUUCCUAAACCCUCGCCCACCAACUCUGUCGCAUUUACGCAUUAGAAUCGACCCACGCUGGAAGCUUGACUCAAACCAGCCUGGCCUUUUGAUUAUGACAUCCGGAACGACUGGGCCCAGCAAAGGAGUCAUACAUGCCAGAAGAAUCUUCACUCGCGCGCUCCGGUACCUUACCAAUGAAGAUGUCUUCUUAUGCCACCGUUCUACAGCAUGGAUGGGCGGUAUUAUGCCGCUCAUUGCUGGACUUUGUCGCGGGGUUCAACUAGAGAUUGUGACUCGCGACGCGUCGGUUAUCUGGGAACGCCUGCGUACCGGGAAAGUAACGGCUCUUCGCUCAGCCCCGGGCAUUUGGGCAAACCUCAUGAAUUACUAUAAGGAAACAAUCAGCAACCUGACGCCCCACGUUAUAGAACAAUAUAUUCGGGGUGUUCAGAAUCUUCAUUCGGCCAUUACCAGUGGAGGCUACCUGCUACCUCAUGUCCGGCGAUUCUGGGUAGACGAGAUGAACUUGCCGAUGUCGAUGACAUACGCUGGAACAGAGAUGGGAGGGCCAGCGAUCUACAGAAGUUCACUCCAUUUCCCAGAUGAGGAGCGCCGCGUUGGUACCCCGUGGCCCGAUGUUGCAGUGAAGCUCUCUGGGGGGGACCAGGGUGAAAUCCUGAUUAAAAGUCCGACCCUAUUUCUAGGAUAUCUUGAUAACUCUGAAGCAACUAAGGCGGCGUUUGACGAGGACGGCUACUUCAAAACUGGCGAUAUUGGGCGCUGGCAGGACGAGGAAUACAUUUUGAUGGGUCGUACCUCAGAGUUCAUACGAUACGUCGGUCACAAAGUUCCAAUUCUCGAUGUAGAGGCCUACGUUUGGAAGCUACCUUACAUUGCCGAAGCAUGCGUGCUUUCUGUUCCUAGCCCCAAUAAUCACCUGACAGAACAGAGGGUCGGAAUUCUUGUCCGUGUCAAGGUUUCAAAUGAAGGACGGGGGGAGAGUCUAUGCCACCAGCACGAUCUCACAUUGGAAAGAUUGAGGGAAGACCUUUCUCAUGACCUGCCGCUCUCUAUGCUUCCCACGAUUAUGCAUGUUCUUCGAGAUGGUGAAGAAAUCCCCAAAACUUUGUCGGACAAGGUACGGAGAAAGGACGCAGUGAGCAAGUUCUUUCCUGUGAGUGGUUUGGAAUUGUCUCCUAUGGUAGGCAAGUGGGAUGCGGAGGCAUUUGUCGUUUAG